AUGCUAAAACAUUUAUUUUUAUCUACAAACUUGGACUCUAACGCGAGAACGUAUUAUGCAGAGUACCCUCCUUUUGUGAGUGUUCGGGUCAUAGGAAAGGUUAGGUUAACCAUAGAAAACAAUCCACCUUCGACAUUGGAUCUGUUCAGCGUAUCGUCUAUUGGCAACAGAUCAGUGAUAAAUCUCACGACUAUUACUCUACUAUGA